CUAAGUAACACAUGAUUUAUCAUUGCAGAUUUGUUUUUAAGCUCAAAUCUUAAUUGUAAUAGGAAAGUUUGCUUUCCACAGCCUGGCAGCUACCCAAUUAUUUAAAAAAGGCACAAAAUUAAUUAUAUGAGAACAUGGUAAAGGUACAUGUCUGCAGUUUUAUUUACCUGUGCAUUCUGGUAAUACUUUCUCCUGUAAAUAUGAACAACAACAAUCAAGCGACCGAUAAGGACAUCUUGUGCAGUUCUUGUACUUGGAGACAGAACAGCAAAUCUUCAAGAUUAGAAGCCAUAAAGAUCCAGAUACUUAGCAAACUUCGACUGGAGCAGGCACCUAACAUCAGCAAGGAUGCUAUAAAAAAUCUUUUACCCAAAGCUCCUCCGUUAGAAGAGCUGAUUGACCAGUAUGAUGUUCAGGGUGAUGACAGCAGUGAGGGAUCCAUGGAAGAAGAUGAUUAUCAUGCCACCACUGAAACUAUUAUCACCAUGUCCACAGAGCCUGACUUUUCAACUACAGAGAAACAAAAAUGUUGUUACUUCAAAUUCAGCUCUAUAAUGCAGUACAAUAAAAUAGCAAAAGCACAGCUUUGGAUUUAUUUGAAGCCAGUCCAAAGACAUACCACAGUUUUUGUGCAGACAUUCAGACUUCCCAGAUCAUCAAAUGAUGGCACAAGAUCUACUGGAAUCCGACCACUAAAGCUUGAGAUGACCCCGGGACCUGGUGUCUGGAAAAGCCUUGAUGUGAAAGCUGCACUGCAAAACUGGCUUAAACAACCUGAAUCCAGUAUUGGUAUAGAAAUAAAAGCUUCUGAUGAAAUGGGUAGAGACAUCCAAUUAGGCCAUCGUGGUUCAAAUGAAGACGGGCUGAAUCCCUUCAUAGAGGUUAAAGUGAUGGAUACUCCAAAAAGAUCCCGUAGAGAUUUUGGCCUAGAUUGUGAUGAACAUUCAACAGAGUCUCGGUGCUGUCGUUAUCCACUAACAGUUGAUUUUGAAGCUUUUGGAUGGGACUGGAUUAUUGCACCAAAAAGAUACAAAGCUAACUACUGCUCUGGAGAAUGUGGAAUUGUAUUUUUGCAGAAAUACCCCCAUACUCAUCUUGUUCAGCAAGCAAACCCCAGAGGUUCUGCAGGCCCUUGCUGCACCCCAACUAAAAUGUCUCCAAUCAAUAUGUUAUAUUUCAAUGAAAAUGAAGAAAUCAUUUAUGGAAAAAUUCCAGCAAUGGUAGUAGAUCGCUGUGGGUGUUCAUGAAUACGCAGUUAAAUGUCUCCAAUCUCCCCAAUCAACAUAUAGGACUUUAAUGAAAAUGAACAAACCAUUAAUAGAAAACUUCCAGCAAUGGUAGAAGAUCACUGUGGUGCUCUGGAAUAUGUUGUUCUGAUAAUAUCAAGAGAGUUGGAGCAAUUUCAUUCUCCCUUCGUAAAGAAACAGACUGUCAUCACCUUUUCAUUAAGCUGAGAAGACAUAUAAGCUUGCUGUUUUCAUUUCUUCUUACCAACUGUUACACACAAAUACCUUGCAUGAAAAUGCAGAAAGGAAACUUUGGGACAAUGUAAAUGUACUGUAUUUUCAACAUAAACCUUAAACAUCCAAAGGUUAUUAAACUAGUUCAUUAUAA